GAUUUGUUUGUUUGCAGUAAAUCACGUUUAACUACUUCCUGGUGUAGGGGAAUCGAAAUUCUCGCGAUACCUAACGUGGUUCCUUGCAACUAAACGACAGGCCCAGUUGCUGGAAUGCGAAAGUAUAAAUUAUUGAGCAAACAAAAGCAUUUGGCGUCUAUGAUCUGAAUUUACAAGUGGCACCAUUUGGAUUAAACUAUGUAUCGGGACAGGAAAGAAACUCCUAACACAUGGGGAUGAUGAGACGAGACCAGCAUCUGCAGCUUCGGGCUCGUUGAUCCUCUGUUGGCUCGUGAUGGCGCAGGCAGGCUCUCAGCUCGACUUUCACAUCCUACAGGAUCUCAAGCAGCGGUUUCCAGAGAUUCCCGAAGGAGUGGUUUCCCAGUGCCUUUUACAGAACAAUAAUAACUUGGAUCUAUGCUGCCAUCUUCUGGCUCAAGAAAGUAACAGAUAUCUAUAUGGUGAGUUUCAUCACAGUCCAGAAGAGGGCCGAUUGAGCCGUAACCACAUGCUUCACAUUAGCCUAUACCCUGGGAAUGACGCAGCAAAGCCAAAUGGAGGAACAGCGGGAGUUGGGCGCUCUCUUGUGCAUAGCACCAGUGACAGUCACAUCGAUCCACAGCGGCCCAGUUACCCUGAACCACUGUCUGCACCUGCCACAAUGGCUCCCUCUCCUGGCUACAAUCCAUUCUUUAUAAAUGACCAAAGUAGACCAGCUAGCACUCCGACGCCACCCCCGAUGCAGGGCAUAUCCCCCGCUUAUUCACCUGUUCAACGUUAUAUGAACCCUAUAACAGUUACACUGCCUCAGAGUAUACCCACUGUUCCCCAGGCUUUGCAAAUCCCCCCUAACCACUAUGGCAGUAGUAACAACAUCAACUUUACUAUUAGACCUUCUCCCUCACAAAGCCCACAGCCAGCUCCUUGGUCCUCAUCAGGAGCACAAGUCUAUCAACAUCAGCAGUCUCCAUACAGCACCCCUACAUACGGCUCUCCUUACAGCUCUCCUCAGCAUCAGGUCCAGCCUCAGCUGCAGCCCCAACACCAGCAGUAUGUUUUCCUUCCUAGUACCUCCCCAACUCUUCCCAGCAUGCCCUAUCAUCACCAGCAACAACCCCCGCAACAACCUUCUGUUUAUAGGCCAUACCAUAAAACAAGCUCCGUCAAAAACCAGAUUGAAAUUAAAUUUGAGGGUCCAAGACCACGCAGCAACUCUCCCGUGCAUACACAGCACCCUCAGGGAGCACAUUAUAUGGCUCCCAUCUCCUCACCUAGUUCUCCUUCAAGGGGUGUCUCAAUGACGGGACCUGCUACCCCUGCGCCGUAUCACCCGGGGAUGUAUUUGCCUGCAAGGCCACGGCCUGCAUCCUCACCUCAGCCGGCCCAAUCGGCCUACACCUUUAAAAUUAAAGUGUCUCCUGGUGGCCAGGCUCAGAGGCCACCCAGCUCUCCUCCUGUGGCUGAAGCAGAGUCUCUUCUCAACAUAGUAGAUCAAGGUGCGAACAGUGCAGCUCCACCACCUAUCCUCCCAAUCUCUGCUUUACCUGGGACUGCCACCAGCCAGUUUCAACACAUGCCGCGGCGCUCAAGCUCAGGGUCUGACGAUUAUGCUUACACCCAAGCACUGCUACUCCAUCAGCGAGCCAGAAUGGAGCGUCUAAUGAAGGAGCUGAAAGCUGAACGACAGAAACUUGAACAACUGAAGGCUGAUGUCAACAACAUGGAAUAUGACGCACUUCAAAGACGCUUUCGACGUGUCAACACCACUAGUCUAAUUCCAAAACCUGAAGAAAUGACCCGAUUGAGGACAUUGAACAGAAAGCUUCAGAUUGAUAUUGACUGUACCCUAAAAGAGACGGAUUUACUGCAAUCUAGAGGAAAAUUUGACCCAAAUGCAAUGAGUGACUUUUACAAACAUAUUCAGCCUGGCCCAGCUGUGAUGCCCAACCUUUGCAAGAAAGAAGAAGAGCUGCACUCUAAGCCAACACCACCGGCCCCAAGGGAUGAGGACUUUGAAGGAGCUCAGUGGAAUUGUGAGAGUUGCACUUUUCUCAACCACCCUGCUCUUAAUCGCUGUGAACAAUGUGAGAUGCCCCGCUACACCUGAACUUAAACUCUGCUUUACCCCAGUCUUGGCAAGCCUUGGAUACUGUCGGCUUUUGCUCUGUCUGAAUCUGCAUCUUAAAGGAGAUCUUUUCCCGGCAAUCAUAAUAUAAACCCUGAUGGCCUGCUGAAAAAACACACGUCCUGCUGCCCUGAGACUUGUGCACUUUCUCCCUGGUUUUCAAUGGCGAUGUACGUUGUAAAUGUACAAAUGUGUGAGAGACUGAGUGGCAGGAGAACUGCUCCGCUGUACCUACAGAACAUUCCAGGCAGAAUGAGAGACUGCCCUGUUUACACAACUGUGCCCAUUCCUGAACUCACACCAGAGGCACUUCCUCAUUAACAGGGGAACUGUAUCAUCUUUCACCGUGAGACAAUAAAAUCAUAUUCUGAAAUAA